GAGAGAGAAAGAAUAGGAGUUACAUGGAUUUAGAGAGAGAAAGUGUGUUAAUUGCUUAAUGAUCAGCUCUUUUUCUAGAGAGAGAGUCCAGAUUAUGGCAUACAUUUCCAUUGUAUAUAUUUCCAGCUUUGGUUCUCUGAAAACUGCUACAACUGGAGCCCCAAUUCAUCACAAUGGAGAAGCUCCAAUCCCUUCUGCUCUGCGUCUGGUUUUUGCCUCUCUCUCUGGCUUUCAACCCAAUUGAUAACUUCCUAAUCAACUGUGGUUCAACCUCCAACACCACCGUUGACAGGAGAGUGUUCGUCCAUGAUCAGUACUUCUCUCAUUCUGACUCAGUCUCUGCAAAUUCACAACCAGGCCUUUACAACUCUGCUAGAGUCUCUACUCUACCCUUCUUUUACACCUUCAAGGUAAGCAGUCAUGGCUUUCAUAUGCUUCGCCUCCAUUUUUCGCCAUUCAGAGAUCGGAAGUACGAUCUCGGAUUGUCUGUUUUCUCUGUCUCCACUCUUGGGUUUGAGCUCCUCCAUGAUUUCAGACCUCCCACAAAUUCAACGGUUGUGUUCAAGGAGUAUAUAAUCCCUGUGAAAUCAGAUACUUUGGUCCUGAAUUUCCUUCCCUCUGCUGAAAACUCAGAUCCCAACUCUGCAAAUUAUGCAUUUGUCAAUGCCAUUGAGCUUUUUUCACUCCCCAAUGACUUUAUUCCUGAUUCUGUAAGUAUGGUUCCAUCGCGUCGUAGGCUUUCCAAUUUACCAGACCAGGCUUUGGAGACAGUGUAUAGGAUUAACAUGGGUGGCCCCAAAAUCACCCCUUGGAAUGACACAAUGUGGAGGACUUGGAUCCCUGAUACUGAAUACUUGUUCUUGAAGAGCUCUGCAAGUCCUAUAGUUUAUACAGGGCCAAUCCAUUAUAGUGGUCUGCUUACCAAAGAGAUUGCACCCGAAAAAGUUUAUUCGACUGCUCAACAUAUGGUCCAACUGGGAAUAGUUUCUCAGAAAUUCAAUCUGACUUGGGUUUUUACAGUCGAUCCAACCUUCCAAUACAUGGUCAGAUUCCAUUUUUGUGACAUUCUUAGUAGAUCACUUAAUAACCUCUAUUUCAAUGUCUAUAUCAACGAUUUCUUAGCGAUUCCGGUUUUGGAUCUCUCUACUGUUACAGUGCAGACUUUGGCUACCCCUUAUUAUGCAGAUUCUGUGGCUGAUGCUGAUGAAUCAGAGGGUACUCUUCGUGUAAGUGUUGGUCUCUCUGAGGAUAACAACCUUCGGAGCAAGGAUGCCAUACUUAAUGGAUUGGAGAUCAUGAAGCUUAUUGCAAACCCAAUUGGGGUCUCUCAUGGUGGUUCUAAUACGCGAUUGGGUAUCAUAUUGGGCUCUGUUCUUGGUGGGCUUUUCGUUCUCUCUCUUUUUUUGGUGGCAGUUCUCUUGGUUUCCAAGAAAAGGAGGUCUAAAAAGGAGGAAUCUGUUAAAUGGACUCCAUUGGCAAUUGAUGGGGGGAAGUCAUUUAGCAUUGGAACCAACACCACAUGUCCUGCUCGAAACCUAAAUUUCGGCCUUAGCAUCUCUUUCUCUGAGAUACAAUUCGCCACCUGCAACUUUGAUGAACAGUUUGUCAUCGGUGUGGGUGGCUUUGGUAAAGUAUUCAAAGGAGUGCUCAGAGAUGGCACCAAAGUGGCUGUUAAAAGGGCAAGCAAAGGAUCAAAACAGGGUGUCUCUGAAUUUGAAACAGAAGUGAGAUUGCUGUCUAGUAUAAGACAUCGACACCUUGUUUCCCUAAUUGGGUAUUGUGAAGAGCAAGCUGAGAUGAUUCUGGUUUAUGAAUACAUGGAGAAUGGGUCUCUUAAACAUCAACUGUAUGGUGAUGACCUCCCUGCUUUGUCAUGGAAACAAAGGCUCGAGAUAUGCAUUGGAGCAGCAAGGGGACUUCACUAUCUCCACACUGGUUCUUCUCAAAAGAUCAUCCAUCGAGAUGUUAAGUCAGCCAAUAUCCUUCUUGACGAGAAUUUCACUGCAAAAGUUGCAGAUUUUGGGAUUUCAAAGCUUGGUCCGGACAAUGGUGAGAGUGAUCAGACCCAUGUGAGUACACUCGUCAAAGGAAGCUUUGGUUACUUCGACCCUGAAUAUUUCAAAACCCAACAAUUAACUGAGAAAUCAGAUGUUUACUCUUUCGGUGUGGUUCUUCUUGAAAUUCUCUGUGCUAGAGCUGCCAUCGAUCCCUACCUUCCUACUGAGCAGGCUAACUUGGCUGAUUGGGCUAUGAAGUGGCAAAAGAAGGGUUUAAUUGAGAAAGUUAUUGACCCUAGGCUUGUGGGUAAGAUCAAUCCUUGCUCUCUAAGAAAAGUUGGAGAAACAGCAGAGAAAUGUUUAGCUGAAUAUGGUGUCGAUAGACCUUCUAUGGCUGAUGUUCUUUGGAACUUGGAAUAUGCUCUCCAGCUUCAACAGACCGCAAUAGAGAGAGAACCGUACGAGGAUAGCACCAAUAUGAGCACAGAGUUUCCCUCUGAGGUGGCUCAGCCUAGGCAUUUUGACAACCUAAAGGAUGGAACCGAGACGAGCGAUGAGGGCUCUGAUUUAGCAACAAGCCAAGUCUUCUCGCAACUUCUCACUUCUCUAGGAAGAUAGAAUUGAGCUUAAGCUUGAUCAAAUAUACAAUUCAGGGAUAGAAUAAUUCCGUACUCUUAUAUGACUAGCUUGUCUCAAGUAGAAGAAGUAGUGAUAAUGGCACAGUAUUAUAGUAUGGUUUGAUUUCUUUUGCUUCAAUAGCUUUUGUGAACUGUUUCCUUUCAGAUGAUGUUCGAUUUGUUAUGCGCUCUUAGAGCAUUGGCUGGUGCAUUCGGAAUAUAUCUCUCUUGUAGGUCACAUAGUUAACAUAUAGUCUCCACAGACUAAAUCCACAUUUCUUGGAUUAGAUUGGAGGACAGAUAUCAUGUAUUCCUUUAAAGCAAAUGGGAUUCUCACUCUUUCUUCCUGGUAAGUUUAUUGUAAUAAUAGUUAUGAAGCUUCCCAAUGCAGGUCUCAAGUUUUUUGUAUUGGGCGUUUAACCCUCGUGUAACUUUCUUGAAGCAAUGACUGGAUCUUCUGUGA